AUGAGCGCAGACCUGGCUGUGGUGCCCAACUCAGCUGAGCGGGUGGUGCAGCGGUUCGAGGUGCCCGGCGUGUCCAACUACACGGCCCUGCUGCUGAGCCCGGAUGGCGGCACCCUCUACCUGGGGGCACGUGAGCUGCUCCUCGCCGUCAACACCAGCCACCUCCAGCCCGGGGCGCCGACUCGCAGGCUGCCGUGGAGCGCGGAUGAGGAGAAGAAGAGGCAGUGCGUGUUCAAGGGCAAGGACCCCCAGAGGGACUGUCACAACUACAUCAAGAUCCUGCUGCAGCUGAACAGCACCCACCUCUACACCUGCGGGACCUGCGCCUUCAGCCCGGCCUGCGCCUACAUUAACGUGCAGCGCUUCAGCCUGGAGCGGGAGAAGUCGGGGAAGGUGCUGCUGGAGGACGGGAAGGGACGCUGCCCUUUCGACCCCGAGUACCGGUCCACGGCCGUCAUGGUCGACGGCGAGCUCUAUGCCGGGACUGUCAGCAACUUCCAGGGCAAUGAGCCGACCAUCUACCGCAGCCAGGAGAGCCGCAUCGCCCUCAAGACGGAGAACUCCCUCAACUGGCUGCAAGACCCGGUCUUCGUGGGCUCAGCCUACCUGCUGGAGAGCCUGCCCGCCGGCAACCCCGAGGGCGACGACGACAAGGUCUACUUCUUCUUCAGCGAGACCGGCAAGGAGUUCGACUACUUUGAGAACACCAUCGUCUCCCGCAUCGCGCGCGUGUGCAAGGGGGACCAGGGCGGGGAGCGCGUGCUGCAGCGGCGAUGGACAACCUUCCUGAAGGCGCAGCUGCUCUGCUCGCACCCCGAGGACGGCUUCCCCUUCAACGUGCUGCAGGACGUCUUCGUGCUCACCCCGGGGGAGCUGCGCUGGAGGGAGACCCUGCCAUGGCCUUGCUUCUCCCCUGCCAGGAACAAGGGCGGCCUGGGCAGCUCGGCCGUGUGCGCCUUCCCCAUGCGCAGCGUGCAGCGAGCCUUCAGUGGGCUCUACAAGGAGGUGAACCGUGAGACGCAGCAGUGGUACACGGACACCGGCCCUGUGCCGGAGCCCCGGCCGGGCACGUGCAUCACCAGCCACACGCGGCACCUGAAGAUCAACUCGUCCCUCCAGAUGCCAGACCGGGUGCUGAACUUCAUCAAGGACCACUUCCUGAUGGACAGCCCCGUGCGCAGCCAGCCGCUGCUGCUGCAGAGCCGCGUGCGCUACCAGCAGAUCGGCGUCCACCGUGCGCAGGGCCUCCACGGCACCUAUGACGUCCUCUUCCUGGGCACAGACGACGGCCGGUUGCACAAGGCUGUGCACGUGAACCACGGGGUGCACAUCAUCGAGGAGAUCCGCCUCUUCCCCGCCGGCCAGCCCGUUCUCCAGCUGCUGCUGGACCAGGAGCAGGCAGGAGCUGGGCACGGGCGUGGGGGGCUGCUGUGGGCUCAGCCUGCGUGGGGCAGCUUGUACCGCAGCUGCGGCGAGUGCGUGCUGGCACGGGACCCCUUCUGCGCGUGGAGCCGGGCCCCCUGCCGCAGGACCACCCUGCACCCCCCCGCACACCCCCAGCUCUGGGCCCAGGACAUCGAGGAUGCUAACACGGAGCGGCUCUGCCAGCUGGCCAACGCCUCCCAGCCUCGUCCCCGCGUCCUCCUGCCCCCAGCCUCGGGCGCCCCGUGCCAGCGGAUCCAGCUGCCACCCAACGCGGUGCGGCCGCUGCCAUGCCAGCUGCUCUCCAACCUGGCCUCGCGGCGCUGGCUGCACGACGGGGCGCCCGUCAACGCCUCCUACCUGGUGCUGCCCGACGGGGCCCUCAUCCUGGUGGGCAGCCCCGAGCGGGCAGGCACCUACGAGUGCUGGUCGUUGGAGGAGGGCUUCCACAAGCUGAUGGCCAGCUACUGUGUGAGCGUGCAGGAGCCAGCCCGUGGGCUGCCAGACCCCGAGACCGUCAGCACGUCCCGGAGCACCUCAGUGGUGGGUAGCGCCGCAGCCCAGCUGGACGGCAAGACCUACUGGACCGAGUUCCUGGUGAUGUGCGUGCUCUUCGCCACCGCUGUCCUUGUGCUGGCCCUCUUUCUCCUGCACCGGCACCGUGAUGGCAUGAAAGCCUUGCUGGAGCCCAGCGAUCCUGGCCGGCACCAGAAGCCACCCCGCAAGCCGGUGGAGAGCCUGCCCCUGAACGGCAGCAGCCUGCCCAGCGCAGUGCCCGAGCACAAGGGCUACCAGGCCCUGCAGGACAACUACAUCGUCAGCACCCCCAUGCACGAGCCCCCAGGCCCCCCACGCGCCUUCUCCGAAUCGGAGAAGAGGCCCCUCCAUGUCCGGGACAGCUUCGUGGAGGUGUCUCCUGCCUGCCAAAGACCCCGGGUGCGCCUGGGCUCCGAGAUCCAGGACUCGGUGGUGUGA